GUGCAGGUUCCGCUGUUUGUGUUUACGGCGGUUCUGCUGCUAAAGCUGGGCGAUGUUAUGUCAAAUUUCUCCGGAAUAAAAAUAUAUAAACCCUCUUCUCUUGAAACAGGUGAUUUAGCUCAUUAAACCCCAUUCAUGAGUGCGUUGGGCUCCGUUUAGCAGUCAUGGAUGACAUGGCCUCCGUGGGGAAAAUUAGUGCCUCCUCCGACUCGGUUUCCACCCUAAACAGCGAGGACUUUGUCCUGGUGUCCCGCCUCGGGGACGAGACCCCCUCCACUAAUAACGGCAGUGACGAUGAAAAGACAGGCCUGAAGGUGAUUUCUGAAGAAGGGGUCAGCUUUAAGAUUGUGGGGAACGGCAGUGAACAGCAGUUGCAGAGGGAGCUGGAGGAUGUGCUUAUGGACCCGUCAGUGGCUGAGGUGACUCCCGGACCACACCAUGUGGGUGAGGGGGACCAUGGCUACCCCACCACUGCAGCACCACCACAGCCAGGCCCUGCACCCCCAAAGCUGGAUAUGGUGUUGCCUGUUCAGGGAGCACAAGAGGAUGAUGGGUCAGUGUCGAGCCCUGGUACACCCGUGCCAGAUGAGGACAGUGUGGUGUUCAGUAAGCUGACCUAUCUGGGCUGUGCGUCGGUGAAUGCCCCCCGCAGUGAGGUGGAGGCUCUGCGUAUGAUGAGCAUCCUGCGCAGCCAGUGCCAAAUGCCGCUCGAUGUCACCCUCUCUGUGCCUGGAGUCUCGGAGGGAACUGUCAGGCUCCUGGACCCUCAGAGCAGCACUGAGAUCUCUAACUACCCCAUCUAUAAGAUCCUUUUUUGCGUACGCGGUCACGAUGGAACACCAGAGAGUGACUGUUUUGCUUUUACCGAAAGCCACUACAAUGCUGAGAUCUUCCGCAUCCACGUCUUCCGCUGUGAGAUCCAAGAGGCAGUCAGCCGAAUUCUCUACAGCUUCGCCACAGCUUUCCGGCGGUCGGCCAAUAAGGCACCGCUCUUGACACAGGCUCCACCUCUCACGCCAGACAGUGACGUUUUCACAUUCACCGUCAGUCUGGAGAUCAAAGAGGAUGAUGGGAAAGGAACCUUCAGUGCAGUGUCAAAGGACAAGGACAGACAGAGCUUCAAGCUUCGUCCUGGAAUGGACAAGAAGAUUGUUAUCUACGUCCAGCAGACAUCUAACAAAGAACUGGCCAUUGAGAGGUGUUUCGGUUUGCUCCUAAGUCCAGGCAAAAAUGUCCGGAACAGUGAUAUGCACCUGCUAGAUCUGGAGUCAAUGGGAAAGAGUUCAGAUGGUAAAUCUUACAUCAUCACGGGGAGUUGGAAUCCCAACACGCCUCAGUUUCAGGCUGUCAAUGAAGAAACACCCAAAGAUAAGUUUAUGUACAUGACAACGGCAGUGGACCUGGUGAUCACAGAGGUAGAGGAGCCAGUGCGUUUCCUUUUGGAGACACGUGUCAGAGUCUGUUCACCCACCGACAGGCUCUUCUGGCCUUUCAGCAAACGCAGCUACACUGAGACCUUCUACUUAAAACUACGACAGCUGGAGCGGAAGAGUAACACAGAUACGCUCUAUGAGGUGGUGAGUUUGGAGAGUGAGACGGAGAGAGAGAGGAAGAAAACCACGGCAAGCCCCGGCAUCCUGUCCUCUGCAUCCCACGGCUCUAUGGUGCCCUCGCCGCCCGAGGACGAUGAGGAGGAAGACAAUGAUGAGCCAUUGCUGAGUGGUUCUGGUGACGUGUCUAAAGAAUGCGCUGAGAAGAUUCUGGAGACGUGGGGAGACCUGCUGUCUAAAUGGCAUAUGAAUCUGGCGGUGCGGCCCAAGCAGCUACCAGCACUUGUACGCAGUGGUGUCCCAGAAGCCCUCAGGGGGGAGGUGUGGCAGCUCCUGGCUGGUUGCCAUAACAACGAUCACCAGGUGGAGGAGUACCGGACACUCAUUACAAAGGAGUCUCCUCAGGACAGUGCCAUCACUCGAGACAUUAAUCGCACAUUUCCAGCACAUGACUACUUCAAGGACACAGGAGGGGAUGGUCAAGACUCGCUGUACAAAAUCUGUAAGGCAUACUCGGUGUAUGAUGAAGAGAUUGGCUACUGUCAGGGUCAGUCCUUCCUGGCUGCCGUACUGCUGCUACACAUGCCUGAGGAGCAGGCAUUCAGCGUUCUGGUGAAGAUCAUGUUUGACUACGGUCUCAGGGAGCUCUUCAAACAGAACUUUGAAGACCUGCACUGCAAGUUCUUUCAGCUGGAGAGACUCAUGCAGGAAUACAUUCCAGACCUGUACUCUCACUUCUUAAGCAUAGGCUUGGAAGCACACAUGUACGCCUCCCAGUGGUUCCUAACUCUUUUUACAGCCAAGUUCCCUCUCUACAUGGUCUUUCACAUCAUCGACCUGCUGCUAUGUGAGGGUAUCAGUGUCAUAUUUAAUGUGGCUCUGGCAUUACUCAAGACGUCUAAGGAUGACCUGCUGCAGGCAGAUUUUGAGGGGGCGCUGAAGUUCUUCCGUGUGCCCGUGCCCAAACGGUACCGCUCUGAAGAGAAUGCUAAGAAACUCAUGGAGCUAGCAUGUAGCAUGAAGAUCAGUCAGAAGAAGCUGAAGAAGUAUGAGAAGGAAUACCACACAAUGCGAGAACAGCAAGAGCAGCAGGAGGCCCCCAUAGAGAGAUAUGAGAGGGAGAACAGACGUCUGCAAGAGGCAAACAUGCGUCUAGAGCAAGAGAACGAUGACCUGGCCCAUGAGCUGGUCAGCAGCAAGAUCUCUCUGAGGAAGGAUCUGGACAACGCAGAGGAAAAAGCUGAUGCCCUAAACAAAGAGCUCCUCAUCACAAAACAGAAGUUAAUAGACUCUGAGGAUGAGAAGAGGCGACUGGAGGAAGAGUCUGCGCAGCUGAAGGAGAUGUGCCGGCGAGAGCUGGACAAAUCAGAGUCUGAGAUCAAAAAGAACGGCUCCAUCAUUGGAGAAUACAAACAGAUUUGUUCCCAGCUGAGUGAGCGGCUUGAGAAACAGCAGACAGCUAACAGAGGAGAGCUGGAAAAGAUUCGGCUAAAAGUUGAGGGCUGUGAGAAGUGCAGUGUGCUCUUCAGUAAGGAGGGCCGCCUGAAGGCUGUGAGUGCUCCGAAGGAGGGCAGUGAGGAGGAGGCUGAUGAGGAGAAAGAGGCUCUGCAGGCUCAGCUCAGAGAGAUGGAGCUGGAGCUCGCCCAGACCAAACUGCAGCUGGUGGAGGCAGAGUGCAAAAUACAGGACCUGGAGCAUCAUUUGGGUUUGGCGCUGAAUGAAGUGCAGGCGGCCAAAAAGACCUGGUUCAACCGCACUUUAAGCUCCAUUAAAACGGUGACGGGGGCCCAGGGCAAGGAGACCACCUGAGCUGUGUAGAGUCAGGAAGACUGCGCAGCCCCUGCAAUUUUCUCUUUUGCUUUGUUCCUCCUCUUUCCCCCACCCCAUCCAUCUCUCAACUCUGUUUCCCCUUCUCCCUGUUAUCUCUCCUGGCCGGUGCUGUUAACACUUUGCUGUGCCAGAACAAACCAGUUUUUCUGUACCUUUUUUUUUUCUUUUGUAAAAAAAAAAAGAAAAAAGAAAAAAAAAGAAAGUCCAAAGAAAGAAACAAAAAAAACCAUAGGGUGCAGACUACCCCUGGAACAAAUGUACUUACCUAAAUCAAGAGGAGGCUUUAUCACUAGUCUUUAUACUACUGAUAGUUUAACAGAAAGGGGCUGUCUGAGCUGAGCUGUCUUCUGCAGACACGGGAUAUUAACACAACACUCCAGCUACUGUUUUACUCAAGACUACUCACACAAACACACAUGCAAACUUCCACCCAGCAGAGGUACGAGGAACUAACAGCCUUCUUUUCGAAAGAAAAAAAAAAAAAAGAAAAGAAAACAAAAAAAAGCUUUUCUAAUUUCCGUUUGAUGAUAACUUUCAUUUGUACAGUAUAUGAAUGAGUUUGCAGUUGCAAGCUGAAGAGAUUUAUGUAGUCGUUUAGGCUGUGAUAGUCUGCUUUUAGCGUGUUUGUGUGUGAGUGCAUCGAGUGCACUAAAGGAGCUUAGUGCCGUUGACUGAGAGUGGCCAAGCAAAGUGAUUAACUGACGAUGGCUUUGUUCAUAGCUUGAGUUUAAGUGUGGGAGAUGAAUACAGUAAAGUAGCACAUUUUGUACAGUAAUAGGUAAGGAACGUGCUGCGUGAGCACCUUUCUUCUGCAGACCACUAGUUGACACCUUCCUGGUGGUAGCAAUACAUGCUAAGGGAAAAAUAAAGGCCCAGAAUGAACCAAAGGGUGAGAGGAAUAGAAGCACUAGGCCUCUUCAUGUCCCUACAGAGGACAAACUCACAGCAUUAGCCCGCGUUUACAGAUCUGACCCCUGCUUUUUAAGGAAUACACCAAUGUUUUUCAUGCUAAUCUCUAUCAGUUGCACCUGCAGUGUGCAUGCGAUGAAAGUAAUUUAAACACGUUCUAAACUAUUGGGCAGUUGCUUUAACAGAUAGGGAUUACAUUUGAGUAUACCUUUAAAGCAGUGCCGUGCACAGAAAAGCUAAUGUGACUAAUAAAUGUGGAGAAAAGAAAGCUGGCGGGGACCAAUGAACAUAACUCAAGUUAUGUAUUGACAAGUUUGCAUCUUUUAUUAGCAACAUUAACAUUUCUGAUGUGGGUUCUUUUAAUUUGUGUUGGUCAGUGUAAUGUGGGUUAUUGCUAAAUACUAAAGCACUUACUCUACCUGUCUGUGAGCUCAUCUCCCCUUACACUACAAUCUAGUGAAUACACACACACACACACAUUUACUAAAACACCAUCUGGGAAACGUUAAGCACAGUGAGUGGUUGUCACUGAUGGGGCUGUUCAAUAAGGGCAAAAUAUUUGAAUCACUACAUAUAGGGAUGCACCGAUAUGGGAAUUGUGGGCUUAUUGCAUUGUUGUGCAUAUAGGACUGUAAAUAUCAGAGACCACCUUUUAUUUGUUUAAUUUCCUGUCAAAACAGCCAAAAAUAUUAAACAUAUUUACCAAUAAAUAACACAGAAGAAUCAAAUACUAAAUAUAUAUUAUCAUACAUUUCAGUUUUAGUGUCCACACAUGAAUUUUGUGAGAAAUAUAAACACCAUCAAAGUUAUUCUUAGAAUUUUCUGUCUCAAGUAAUUGAGUAGUCUCAUACAUUCAGUGAGAUCUAGACUUGUUGGUCAGUUCAUUAUUCUGAGCAGCUUCUGUGUUUAUUUUGCAAAUUUUCUACUUUUCUGUCUGUUUCCUUUUUUUAGUCAGGGCUUCUUGAAAGCUUUCUUCUCACAGUGGAAGGGUGGACAGAAACUCCUGUGGAUGUUUUCAGAUCUGAAGCAGUUUGAUUUUCUCCUCUCUCAAAGAUGAAAGCUUUAAGUGCUGUGUAUCUGAUGAGGACAGUCUUGGUGGUCUACAAGUUUUUGCACGGUUGUUAGGAGUUCCACUUUAAUAUAUUUUUUGAAUUCCAGUUUUAGAAAGUUUUUCUCAUCUUCCUUUAGCUUUCUCCUUCCUUAUGCAAAUGAAUAACUUGAAUGAAUAAAACAGUUAAUGGCUGUUUUUGACUCAGUAAUAAAUAAAUGAAGGGUAGUCUCUGACUUUUGCACAGUAAAUAUUUAUGACAUGUAGAAACUGGGACUAAAUCUACCUGGAUUAGCAUUACAGAGAAACAUAACAUUUAUUUUUUGUAGGGGUACAAAUAAAUAUUUUGGCACAGUAGGCCAGUGUCAACUAAACACACUGCACUUCCAGAGUAUAAUAAAUACAUCAUCAAAUACUGGUUUGAAAUACCAGUCAAAUGUAAACAUGAUGCUGUCUGAUGCUAUUUUUUUAAAUAUUGAAUUUUUAAAGUUUUUUUUCUGCUGAUACUGACAUGAUUCCGAUCAUGCAUCCCUGUAUUGUAAUUACAGUACACCUUUACAACGUAUUAAAAGUCAUUUGAUAUUUAUCACUGUUGUGACAUGGCUACAGGUGGGGCCUUUUGUUGUAUUACAUGAAUAUCUUGAUUCAUUAAAACCCUCACAAAAACAGUCAUCUGGAACUGUGAUUGGUCAGGAUGCUCACAGCACACAGUGAAGAACUAUGUGAUUGGUUAGAGGCUCGUUUGCAUAUGGUAGCCUUUUGCAACUAUCUAUAUUGCAAAGACUGUCAUGGUAACCGUUAACAAACAAUAUAUUGUGUGACCCAGUUGGGGGGUGUGUGUGUGUGUCUGUGUGUGUGCGUGUGUGUGCGUGUGUGCGUGAGGGGGAGAGAAUGGGUGAAUGUGUGUGUGUAUGAGUAAAAGAGGAGGCUGUGUAAAGAACACUCUGUAGGUUUGCACCUUACAGAAUAUUUAUAAUGGGAUAUGGCUUGCUCAAGUUUUUGUUGAUGUCAGGAAGGCCCUUGUGCCCUGAGAAAAAAAACAAACAAACAAUGGGGUCAUUCCAAGAGGCACUGGCUUGUACAUAAGAAGCAUAAAGUUUUUUUUUUUUGUUUAUUUUGUAUUUCCUCUCCAUGGUAACUGUACUAAUGUUGCCUAAUAGUACUGUGUUACAGAUAAUUACUUUUUUCUUUUUUUGCUUUAAUAUUUUGUCCUAAAUGUCAAACUGCUGUCUCAUGUAUUACAUGCCAAAAUGUACCCUCAUACAACUUUACAUACAUAUGAACAUGGUAAUAGUGUAGGUUGCAUUGUGUAUACUUCCGUAAAAUUUCAAUAUAAAGCUACAAACACAAAUAUA